AUGGAGUUUGCCUUCAUCACUGACAAGUUAAAUGCCACCGAUAUGGUAACUGUAGGUGUAAAUUCCCUUUGUCAGAGACUCAUAAAUUAUACGUGGUGCUAAUUACUAGGCUAAAAUUAAUAUUCCGUAUUCGCGCUUCAUCUACAGAUGGACUUUGUGGCAGUAGAACACACACCUGAAAAAGUUAUUAUUGACAUGGGUUUAACAAGAAAGGGCGAUCUCUAUACCUUAAAAGCCAUGUGCCAGACAAAGAAGAAAUCCACUGAUGAUGAUCUGGAGCGGGAGACCAGGAAGAGACAACUUCUUCAAGAAAUCGUCAAAGAAAAAGAAAGCCGAGGCAAGAAGUUUUCAAGGGUCGAUGACAAAUCAACUGCAGGAAAAAAAAUGAGCAAAACCAGACGAAUAUCUUUGGGACUAAUGCAGUAUAGCAAGAAGAGAAAUAAGUAUGUCAGUGUACGCUGCUCAAAAGGAGGUGGCACUGGCUUAAUAGAUGUACCUUUGUCUAUGACCAAAGAGGAACUGAUUAAAGAAGGAAAAGUAUUGUUUUUCCAAAAUGGUGUCUGUCCUCUUGGAGCAGAGUCGGACAUGAUUCUUGAGCUCGUAAAUUUUAAAGGAGAAGUAAUAAAUACCCUCAAGGAGAGGAAUGGUGGAGCAUUGCCUUUCACUGUGCAGAGGUAUUUUGAGUUUUACAAGCUGUCAAAAGUUCAAUUAUAUAUUGCCUGUAGACCACUUGUUGAUGACGAUUCUGACGAUGGAGAGCUUAUGACAAGUCCUUUCAGCGCAUCUGAUAGAGAAGACCUGGUGGACAAAGGAAAACAAUGGCGCCAAAGUCUGCAACCUGCGAGUAAGAGUGCCCAUUCAGAUAGUGCCGCUUCCACACAUUUUUCCAUCGCAUCCUCCACAGCUUCUUCUCCAUCUUCCUCUGCAGCUUCCACUUCUUCUUCCACAGCUGCCUCUGCAGCGUCCAGCGGUUCUCCCCCAGCUGCCUCUUCAGCAUCCACAGCUUCUUCCAUUGCUACCUCCACAACACAAGACAGGGAUUCGUCCUGUUGGUUUACUUCCCGACUUGAUGAUGAGAGGAGGCUAAAAGCUGAGCAAGACAAGGAAUAUGAAGAAUCCCUUGCAAUUUAUUUCUUGAAGAGAAAGGCUUUAGAGGAUGAAAUCACCGAGACGUCAAGAUUAGAAGAAGUUCGUCGCGCAAGAGAAGCCAGAGUUCCAGUUCAGCACAGCACAGCACAGGUUCUCAUUGUCGUACAACACCCUUUUCAGGGGAGGGUAAGUCGCUUCUUUUCAGACGAAGAGAGAAUGCUAGCGAUAUAUGACUGGGUAGGUUCUUUGGACCUCCAUCCUGAACAUUUCAGCCUGCAUGUACAACCGGCUAUUACAAUAUCUCCGCAAGACAAAGCCGUGGAUUUCCAUAGUGUUGUAAUUUACGUAGAAACUUUAGAGCAACCACUGCCAAUGUCGUUCACUUCUCCAGAAGUAAACUUCAAAGGUUUUGGGGCUGUGGGAGACAUCUCAAUCGAAGCAGUUACAGACGAGGUACCCCACCAACUUCUACAGGACGAGGAUCUGAGGUAAUCUUUGUAGUCCACUAACAAGCAUGUAAAUUUUUUCUUCAUAAAUACGGGUAAGACUAUUCAGUUUAAAAAGCUAUCGAUUCCUCACUGAUCUCUCACGUAUAUCCUAAGUAAUACUCGCCCGUUAACCAGCGUCAUUUUGGCGGGAAAACGUGGUACCCUUCGUCACUCUACUACGAGUCUUAGCGAGAAUGAUGUUUGAACUUGGGACAUAAUGUUUUUUCGAUUAUUGGAAGAAAGAUUUUGAGACUCGUAACACUUUUUACCAUACCUAGUUAAGUCGUAUUUCAGAAUUCUCUAAUUGUCGUUCUCUAUUAAAUACGCCGUGCUAAUCUGAUUUUCAUGUUUCCAGGAGUGAGUGAGAUAGUAAGUGCUUGAGCAAGCAAGCAAAUGAUGGAUUAAAUCAGCGACAUAACCAAAACAGUGAAUCAGCCAUUGAAAGAAUAAAACAGAGAUAAUAUUUGGAAUAAGUAGAGCAUCCACAGAUAUAGCGAAUUAUAAAAGGCAUCCAAGUGGACUUAUUUGGUGUAUAAAUAAUGAUAUCUUGUCGAUCCUCUUUAAAACUUUGCACCUAUUAUUUUCCUAGCGAACCUGGGACUGCCUUUGAUGUUUCUAGCUUAUAUUCCCCAAGUCAGCCCUCGCAUUUUCCAAUUCCUGAUGAUGUCUUAGAUGCGGAACAUAAAGAGGAAAUUGUCAAGGAAAACUACGCCAAGCUACAAAAGAAGCGAGAAGAGGCACUGGAUUCCCUGAAAGAGACAGUUGCCAUUAUCGUCAGCAGGGAAAACAUUGUAAGGGAUCUUAUUUCCGUGUACAAAGACCCCAGCAUCCUUCAGAGGAAAGUUGCAGCAGUUAUCGAGGGAUCCAAAGCCACAGGAGAUGGCGUUUUGAGAGAAGUUUACUCGUCAUUCUGGGACACAUUUUUGUCCCAAAGUGACGGAGAUAGCAAACACACACUUCCUCUUCUUCCAGAUCUAAGCCAGGAAGACUAUGUAAGCAUCGGGAGAAUUUUGACGCACCAAUUUAUACUAUGCGGUGUCUUCCCAGUCAAAUUGUCACAGGCAUCAAUGCAACACGCCGUUCUUGGGACUGCCACGGACCAGUGCAUUGUAGAGUCAUUUCUUGCGCUCCUACCACCUAACGAGAAGGACUGUUUAAGUAGAGCGCUCGAUUGUGUAGGGCCGUUUCCAAGAGAAGAAAUUAUCGACUUGCUGGAUGAUUACAACUUGUGCCAGUUACCCACUGCAGACAACAUACGAUCCAUCCAUAUUUUUGUGGGAACUGCCGAGUUUGUGACGAAGCCCUUCAUGUGUUUGACCAGCUUGCGCCAAGGAAUGGGUGAUCUGUGGUCAAACGUGAGCAAAGAAGCAAUUGCAUCACUGUACGAAAUGUCCAGACCAACAGCAGCCCGCAUCAUGGCUAAUUUGGCAUUAACUCCAGAAAACGCUAAAGAAGCACAAAUUUUUAGAUGGCUGGAACGCUACCUCAAAGGGUCUAGCCACCAAAUGCUUGCCAAACUUCUCCGCUUCUGUACAGCUUCGGAUGUGUUAAUUCCUGAUCACAGCAUUGCAGUGCAUACAGAAGUCAUGGCUCCCGUGGCGAUUCGCCCCAAAGCAUACACCUGCUUCCGCAGAUUAAUUCUGCCCAGAAACUACCAAUCAUAUUCACAAAUGCGAAACAACUUGGACUUUUAUCUUCGAGAUUGUAACAUCUGGGACCUGAAUGAUUAG